AGCAAAGAGAAAUUCACAUAGCUUUUUGAUAAAACAAAAAAUGGUUGGGGUUUUGGCUGCGUACAAAUAUAGGGAAGAUGUUUAAUUAAAACUAAUUAAUAAAUCUACAUAAAAGGUUGUAUUAAAAAACGUGUUUAAAAGAACCUAAUAAAGUUCUACAAAGCCCGAAUAUAGCACACAUAGAGACGACAACAAGCGAAUGAACCCAUAAACCAGAACAGUGACGACAUUUUUUCAUUUUUCAUUAAUCCAAAGUUUGUUUUUGUGUUUUUCUGAACAAGGCAUGCGAUGCUGGAUGAGAAAGACCUUGAAAAUUGUGUUGUGAUUGUGUAAACAAUAACUGGAGAUAAAAAGCGAUAAUUUCUUUAAAUAAAUUCCAUUGUGGGGGUUAUUGUAGUUUUCACCGCUUUUUUUCCUUUAAAAUUUAAGAAAAGAUUCCCUUGUGUCGUGAUUGUGGGAACAUGAGAGGGUGGGUGGGGAGAAUCAACAGCUGAUUGCUUUUGUCAUUCACGCCAAGAAAGAAUGUGUUUGUUGCAAUUUCUCAUCUUUACUAAAUUAGAACGUCGAUGAUCGCCACCACCAACUAAACAACAUGGGAAAAUGUCAUGAUCUAUUAGAUGCUGCCAGAAGUGGUAACAUCAGUGCAGUGGGAAAACUUCUGGAGCAAUGUGCAAAGAAAGGAGGACCUUUAUCAAGUUUCAGGCGCAGUCCAAGCAUCAAUGGUCAGGAUAUGAAUGGCUAUACACCUUUACAUCAUGCUUGUCUAAAUGGUCAUGUGGAAAUUGUACGUCUCCUCUUGGCUAAUGAUGCUAUGACUGAUGUACCCGAUAUUCGCGGUUCAACACCUCUUUAUUUGGCCUCUUGGGCCGGCCAUCAGGAGAUUGUGAAAAUGCUACUAAUGCAUAAUAUGAGACCUGCAAAUCCCAACGCUCAAACAUCUGAAAAUGAAACUGCAUUACAUUGUGCAGCUCAACAUGGUCACAAUGCCGCUGUAGCCAUACUUUUGGCAUAUGGUGCUGAUCCUACCAUACGCAAUAACAGCUUCCAAACAGCCUUGGAUUUGGCAUCGCAAUUUGGUCGCCUGCAAGUGGUGCAAAUUUUAAUACGAACCCACCCUGAAUUAAUUGAACCAUUUCGUGUGUAUGACGAAAUGCAAGCCUACGAAAAUGGCCAUUCCCCACCGUACACGAUAACACCAACCAAACAUAUUUAUACGCAUUCAUGCUUGCAUUUAGCUGCCCGAAAUGGUCACAAAAAAGUGGUGGAAACUCUAUUGGCAGCCGGUGUAGAUGUGAAUAUUUUAACAAACGCGGGCUCAGCUUUACACGAAGCGGCAUUGUGUGGCAAAAAGUCAGUUGUGUGUGCUUUACUGAGAUCGGGCAUUGAUCCAUAUGCUGUCGAUGGAAAUGGCAGAACGGCGUUAGAUUUAUUAAAAGAUUAUCCACCGCAUGUUACCUAUGAAAUUGUUACUAUAAUUAAUGAUUUCUGUCGAGACAGUAGUAAAAUGGAAAAUCAAACACAUUUUAUGACCAUCAAAGAUGUCAAUGACAAUACGACAAUUACAAAUAAUGACGAUUAUGAUUUGUCACAAGAUAAACACAAUAAAACUUCCGAAAGUCAUAGCUUUGAAAAGCAAAUUCCCUUAACGACGAAUUCCUUAAUACGUCAAAUUUCAACGGAUCGCUAUACACCCAUGGAACCCAUAUUCUAUCCGAAAGGCAAUAGUAAUCGUUCCACACCCGAGAACAUACUAGAAUACAAACCUGUAUACACACCGAAACUACUACAUAGACGUUUAGGUGUUGGCGGCGGUAAAACAGUGGAUAAAAUAUUUCCCAUACUGCAUUCGAAGAUCCAAACAUCUACACCACAAUAUCAUUGUGUUGAUGAAUAUGUGGAGAUGUCUUUACCGAGUGCAAAUGCCAGCAAUUCUCCGAGAACGCCAUUAGUAACCUCACCGUUAUGGCAUCAAUUGGAGGUUAAAAAACAGCAACCAUUACCAAGUCCCAGAGAGACCACGAAAUAUGGUGAUUAUGCAAACAUAAAUACCAUAGUUACUAAUGGACAAAAAAAUAAGCAUUUAUUUUCACAAAAUGCUGUAAAUGACGAUGAUAAUGGUAAUAAAAUCAGGACGACUACUCCUCGGCCAGGUAGUUUUGGUGACAACUGCAACAACAACAACAACACUAAUAAUAAUAAUCGCAGGCAAAGUAGUGAAAGGUCUAUACACUCCCCAACACCAGAUUGCCCACCACCAUCUGCUCUGCAGGCAGAAACAACAAUUUUCGAAUUCGUAAAACCACCGCCGGACAAAAGUUUAAAAAGGAAAUCGCUAAACCUGCAACAACAGCAAAGGCAGUUCAAUCCACAAUUCUACAGCAGUUUGAAAUCGUUCAUAUGGGAGGAAGAAAUGGAACCACCAGAAGAGGAACAAUUCGAUUCACUCAGCAGUUCAAGAGUCUCCGAAUGUGUUGAAGAAUUUGUGGGUGAUGUUCCAUUUGCUGGCCUCUUUAAGGGUUCCUCUUUAAAUUUAGCUGCGGCCAGCAAUGAACAAGAUUUGGGAAAAAAUCCAGCUAUCGAAGAGCCACCAAGUGGUUUAAGAUCACCCAGUCUUGUGAAAUCGGUGAAGCCAAUGCCUGCAAAACGUACAGUUAAAAUAGCCAAUUCGAAUGGAAAAAAUUGUGAAAAUGCGUCCAAAGAAAGUGAAGUGUUGAUGGUCGGUGCCAAGCAAACGACUGAAAAUGAAUUUGAUUUUGAUGCAACCAAAGUGUGGGAGGAAAUCAAUACGAUUUUCGAAAGCAUUGGAAAUGAAGUGUCCACGGGCAAUGAUUCAACAUUAGAGGCUACCAUCAAAGAUGAAAGUAAAUAUACUUUGUCAGAUACCUUGCGUAAGAAAACCUUAACAAUAAGAAAACCAGCGGAUUUGCUAUUACGUUCGCCAACACCACCUACUGCGGAAAAUCCACCAAAUCUAAAUCCAAACUGGUGCCAUUCUGCCAAUACGCUGAUAUAUGGCUAUGUUCUUUAUGAAGUCUUUUAUCUUGGUUCAACCGUUAUAAGGGAAUUACAUGGUACAGUAUCGACUAGAAAGUCUAUACAAAAAUUAAAACGCGAAGAGACACCUGCGCCCAUAGAGUACAAUACAGAGAAUGGACUAAUAGAUGACAUCAACUGUUCUACAAAGAUUUUGAAAGAAACUAAUCAACAGACACGUUUGCAGGUGGGCAUAGCCCUAUCACAUACAGGUGUUCGGUUUAUAGAUAUUGACAACAAGAGUACAAUAAGCGUUCAUGAUAUUGAAAAUAUCAACUGUGUCAGUCAGGACAACGACGAUUUGAGAUAUUUCGCUUACAUCACAAGAGAAAAAGAUACCCACUAUUGUCACGUCUUUAUGGUUGAUAGUUUGGAGUUAGCCACCGAAAUCAUUCUAACUCUGGGCCAAGCAUUUGAGGUGGCUUAUCAAUUAUCGUUGAUGAAUCAAGAGGAAACACGUGCUAUGAACACUGAACAAAUUAAACGUUUAAGUUAUUGCGAUAUUGUAGAUAAUAUUUAAAAUCCUUAUUUAUUUGUAUAAUUUAUUAGCAUGUCUUAACCAGAAAACUUUUACUCCUUCUUUGUAACAAAUUUAAACAAUUUUUCAAAAUCUUAUCAAAAUAAUCGUAAUGUCGAAUUUUAAACUAAAAACCCUUAAUUUGAGUCCCAAAGUUAAGACUACAUAAAUAGUUAAUCGUCCACCCAAGUGCAAUCAAAGGUAGGACGAGGACUCGGUACAAAAAGUCAUUAAACCAAAAUCCCCCAGAGGCCAUUGAGUGUAACAAAAUUAAUAUUUGUACUCGUAUUAUUCUAAAAGAAUUAUUAUUUUUUAUGUAUUCUUCUGUUGUAUUCAAUCGUAUACCUAAAUCUAGUGUUGCAACACCCUAAAAUAUCGUCCUGUUCUAAUGUAUUACUAUUGUUCUGGAAAUAUUAUUUUCAUUUUAUUCUUCUUUUAUUUAUUUUACCUAGUCCUGAUGCCAUUUAACAUGCACACACAGUUUUUAUUAUACUCGUAAGUGUGUAUUUUGCAUUUGCAUCCAUUGAAAUUUAUUGAAAUAUUCGAGAUACGGAUCCGAAUAUAGUGCCUUUAUUAGCAAUCGAAAUCUACCAAAUAACAAAAUAUAUGUUUAUUAAUAAAUCAAAAACAAAAUUGUAACAACA